AGCGAGCGAACGAACCACCUUGUAGUACUACAGAGCCAUUAUGCCUCACCUCGAACUGUUGGCGACCUUGGAAGGUAAAGGUCUUCAUUAGGUACACCGUGUCGCUUUUUCGGACCGCAGCAAAACAACUGUCAUGGAAACCAUGCUUCCCUAUCUCUUAUGUCUCCUUCGUUCGCGCUUCUUUAUUACGUUAUUCUUAUCGCAACUUUUUUUUCCCUUUUAGGUCAUGUCGAUCGUGUAUGGCAAGCUUCGUGGCAUCCUUCGAAAACGAUUCUAGCUACCUGCUCUGGCGAUAAGACUGUACGAUUAUGGGCCCCAGCUUCCCAUUCCGACUUUUCGCAGUGGCAUUGCAUUGAUACUUUGGAAGGCGCCCAUAAACGUACCAUUCGCAGCGUCACCUGGUCACCCUCAGGUAACGAAAUCGCCACUGCCAGUUUCGACGCCACCACUGGUAUUUGGGAACACGACGCUCGAGAAAAUGAGUGGGAAUGUGUCGCUAGUUUGGAAGGUCAUGAAAACGAAAUCAAAUCCGUCACAUGGUCCUCUUCCGGAUCCUUGUUAGCCACUUGCAGCAGAGACAAGAGCGUAUGGAUAUGGGAAGUGGAAGCGGACAACGAUUUUGAAUGCCUGAGUGUACUUCAAGAACAUAAACAGGACGUCAAGAUGGUCGCUUGGCAUCCUCAUCAAGAAAUUUUGGCGUCCGCAAGUUAUGACGAUACUAUCAAGAUUUGGAAAGAGGAUGAUGACGAUUGGUAUUGUGCGGACACAUUGCAAGGACACACAUCCACGGUGUGGUCUUUGGAUUUUGAUGGAAAAGGUGAUCACAUCGUAUCAGCUUCGGACGAUCAAACCAUCAGAAUUUGGAAAGCUUACAAGCCAAACAAUCCUGAAGGCAUUGCCACGCCUCACGGAGACACAGUCUGGAAAACCAUCUGCACGUUGUCCGGAUAUCACGAUCGAUGUAUAUACUCGGUAUCCUGGUCCAAAGUACACGACCGCAUUGCCAGUGCCAGUGGUGAUAAUACCCUCCACGUGUUUAGCAAGGAUCCCGAAAACACAGACCCCAACGCCCCUACUUGGCGAUCCGUUGCCAGUGUAAAGGACGCUCACGGCGUACACGACAUCAACAGCGUCAGUUGGUAUCCUACAGAAAAGCAUGGCGAUUGGCUGGCGUCGGUUGGUGAUGACGGUUUAGUGCGUAUUUGGCGCUUUGUGCAGGAUGAUUGAUAAUAAUGAUAUGUGUACAUUUUUUCCCUCCCUUUUUCUUUGUUGCUUUCUUUUAUUUCUUAAUCCAAAACCUCCACUCUAUUUACAACGAACUCAAGAUACAGAUAUAGAAUAAACCAAAAAUGAUUUC